CUCGGCGGCUUUUAAAAGAUCCCCCACCUUUCUAAACUUCUUGACAAAACGCGCCCCAAAAGGAAACAUCCGGAUAUGCUGCAAAUAAACAUGCCGAACCCAUCUUCUUUUAGCCUCACUCGGCUGAACCCAAUGUUUAGAGAUCAACGGGAGACCCCCAAAGACAACAAUGUCUAUGUUCGGAUCGUGGCUGAUUCUGCUCCUAUUCUCGCUCGAGCACCGAUGGUGGGAGGCGGUGAGGUCGCGAACCGCCAGCUUUUCGAGCUAGGAGGCGUCCAGUCCAAAAAAGUAUUUAAGAAAGCCACGUGCGGGCUCAUCCCCUUGAUUCUACAGUCUCUCCGAUCCUUUCGCAUACCCAGUAGCGACACACUACUACUCUUCAUACUACCAUCAUGCUUUGCAAGCCUCUCCUCCUCGUUUCGGCGACCAUUGUCGCCCUGAGCGGCCGUACCGAGGCACAAAUCGACACGGUCCUCGGACCCGUUUCCAAUACUCUCUUGGGGCCAACUCCUUUCAAUGCCUGGAUUCCCGAACUUCUUGUCGACACCGGCAUUGGUCGUCUGAUGGUCGCGAAAGUCGGCCAGGAGAAUUGCAAACGUUGGGCAAGCGGUCCGGUCGGUGAAGAUGGAUCGAAGCCAGUCAUGGUUGAGGACAUUGUAAUGCAUCGCCCCACCAAGACGGCCUUCCUGGGAUCAGAUCCCUAUCGCAUUCGACCAAACAAAACGGCCGGGUGGAUGCCAGGGAUGGCGUUCCUGGAUGCGGAGUACGGCAAGCAAGGGAACGGAGCGAUCUUCACGUACCUCUACGCCAAGGAUACCGCCGGGACCGGCGAGCAAGGCUUGACGAAGCUCACCAUCACCCCGCCUCUUCCGUCGUUCCACCCCCACGGCAUGAAAAUCCUCCCCAAGGUCGACAGCACCGCCAUUCGUUUGUUCGUCGUGAACCAUCGGGCUCAGACCCCUUACAACCCCGACAGCCUUUACUCGGUCGUCGAGGUUUUGGAAUACGAUCCGAAGGUGUCCACCACGACCCUCAAGCACAUCAAGACCAUAGAAGAUCCCUUGAUCUUCACGCCCAACAACGUGGCGCCUACCUCCGCCACGUCCUUUUACGUGUCCAACGACCACGGCAACCGCGCCGGUGCCGCCCGUAGUCUGGAGGAGUACGGCCAGUUGCCUCUUUCGUGGAUCUCCUACUGCGAUUUCUCCACCGGCACCGUCAAGUGCAUCAAAGCCUUUGAGGGCAUGCGCGGCGCAAAUGGAAUGAACACAGAUGGCAAGAUUAUCUACGCGAACGAAGCCACUGGGGGGGACGUUGUUGCUUUCGAGCAGAACGCUGAUCACACUUUGUCGGUCCACAAGCGAUACAAUCUGGACUACAUCCCGGACAAUCUCUCCUAUGAUCCCGACACAAAGAACCUCACCCCAGCUGGCCACCCCAAUGCCUUUACCUUCCAAGACUACGCUGCUGGGAAGAAGUCCAUCGCUCCCUCGUGGGUAGAUGUCAUCCGCCCCGAUGGCACCACCAAGCGUAUUUGGUCGGACGAUGGCAACCUUGUGUCUGGGUCCACCGUCUUCGAGGUGGACAGCAAGCAGAAUGUCGCCCUCGUUUCUGGGGUGUUUGAAACGCACGGUGUCGUUCGCUGCACCGUGCCCAAGGGAUUUUUGGGUUAGAUACCAGUCGUAGAUACUAGAGUUUAGCAGCCUAGGUCCCGUUGCCCGCUUUGUUGCAUCUUCUGACCUUUUAGAGGAAUACAAUUGGCUGCUUUAUUCUCUACGCUGGCUCUUAUCAAUCCGCCAGAGAAACUGGGG